AUGGAAUCCUCCUCCACUGACGUGUCUGCACUAUUCAACCUCACGGCUACACCCUCCCCAACAAACUACAGCCCCCCGGUGCACAGGGAGCCAUACCUCCACAAGCUGGCGCACCUGGACGAGGGCCUCUACAAUGACUUUUACAGCCUGUGGAUCGCACUGCUGGUGAUCAACGUGCUUAUUUUCAUUGUGGGCAUGGUGCUCAACAGCCUGGCUCUGUACGUCUUCUGCCUUCGGACAAAACCCAGCUCCACCUCCGUCAUCUACACCAUUAACUUGGCGGUGACAGAUCUGCUGGUGAACCUCUCACUGCCCACCCGCAUCGUCCUCUAUUACAGCGGGGGCAAGUGCCUCACUUGCUCCUACCUGCACAUCUUCAGCUACUUUGUCAACAUGUACUGCAGCAUCCUCUUCCUCACCAGCAUCUGCAUAGACCGAUACCUGGCCAUCGUGCAGGUGGAGGCUUCGCGCCGGUGGAGGAGCCCGGGCGUGGCCAAGGGCGUCUGCGUCUUCAUCUGGCUGUUGGCCAUCGUGGUCACCUUCUCGCUCCUUACCUCGGCCAUCAAGCAGGAGGCUUGCUGCCUGGCCAAGAUAUUUGCCAUGACGGUGUUCGAGUUCUUCCUGCCGCUGGUGGUGAUCACGGUGUUCACCAUGCGCAUCGCGUGCGCCCUGGCCAGGCCGGGACUGAUGGAGCAGAGCCGGGAGCAGCGCAAGAGGGCCGUGCAGCUGCUGGUCACUGUCCUGCUCAUCUUCACCGUCUGCUUCACGCCCUUCCACGUGCGGCAGGUCGUGGUCUUCUUCUACCCCGACGUGCCGCACCACGUCAUCAUCUACCACGUGACCGUCACCCUCAGCAGUCUCAACAGCUGCCUGGACCCCGUGGUCUACUGCUUCGUCACCACCAACUUCCGGGCCACGGUGAGGGGCAUGUUCCGCAGGGCCGAAGUGGAGCAGACCAGCGGGGACGUGGUCAGCAUGCAGAGGAGCUCCAAGGGCUCGGGCACUGCCACAGCCAUCGCACACAGCAUGAUCAUGCUCAACCUGACCUCACCGCUGUCCGGGGCCAUGCAUGCCUGA